ACUAAAAUAAUACAUUUCAGGGCAAGAAAUCAGCAAAUUAUGUGAUAGGUUAAUGUUGGUCACACUAGUUCAUCACACUGACUGACUUGAUUCAAAAGCGACUUCUGUGUGACCUUGGGCAGAUUUAUUUUAAACAUUACCGCAACAUAGAUCAAAUUUAGCAGACAUUUCGCUAAUGUUGAUUCUGGGCGAAUCAUAUAUAAUGUAACAUUUGAAUGUUAGACUUUAUUCAGAGGCAUUACAUAAUAUAUACUUAAUAUAAUUCACACGCCCCCUGUGAAUAAUAAUUAAAACGAUUUUAAGUAGCGCAGUAAUUUUAAAAGAUUUGUAAUAGACUGCAUUCUUAAGUAUUGCAUCAUCACGACGCCUGAAAAUGUCAACAUGUGUGAGUUUAAAGUUCAGAUAUGUCACAUGGAACCCCAAGUCAAUAAAAACCAGUUAAUUGACACCUCGAAAUAAAGCAGGCAAAUAUAGACUAUUAGCCUCUAGUCAGAAAGACAAUCUUUAAACUUUAGACUGUGAGCGAAUUUAUCUUACCGAGUGAGUCUAAAUGUGCGCUGUCCCUUUAACUGACCGUGCCUUGUGUAAACAUUGCCGUGCUCGCUACUAUUUCACACAGAGCGCUGUUGCUGCCUCCGCCAGAACUUCAAAGAGCCGCGGACGCCAUCCAUUACUCGGAAAGGUUGGAAGUAACUCAUCAAAAGUGCAUUUCUUUCUUGGAGACGUUACCGCAGGACUCCCCGCGGGUUCACCGCUGCGCCCGAUGGGCUUCCCCCGUCUGCCGCUCGCAGCAGGAAGUGAGCAGGUGAGACGCACCUGUUCGGAGCGGAGCCUGAAACCCGGCGCUGUCUGACGGCUGGCGGACCCUCCGGACAGCUGUAUGAUACGCCAAAACGCACAUCGCACACUUGUUCUAAACAGCAAUUAUUCGCCGAUAAAAAGGAGACAUGGACUUAGACCCGAACUGGGCUCCAAAGCCGGAUUACGUGUCGCGUUUUUGAAAUCUCCCCUCCGCGACCAACACAGGUGGGACGCGAAACUGUUCACGCGAGUUUCUGUUAUGGGCAAUCAAGUGGAGAAACUUACCCAUUUGAAUUACAAUGAAUUACCCACGACCGACCCUAACGGAUUGGACCUGGAGGACGACGCUCCGCGGAUCGGCGUGUCUUAUAUUUUCUCCGCGGACGACGACGAGCAAGAGGAGAACAUCGACGAGAGCGAGAAGGAAGACGUCAAACACUACGACUGCCGCAACGAAUUAGAAAGCGCGGUGUAUUAUCGCGACGAGUGCAUAUACGAGAGGAAUAGCAGGUUCGGUGAAGUGGGAACCCUGUCGUGUGAAAACUUGGCGAGUAAGUGCAAACCCGGCGACCUGGUGGAGUUCGUGGCUCUCGGGCAGUACCCGCACUGGGCAGUGUGCGUCGGCGACCUACAGGUGGUUCAUUUGCACAGAAACGAGAUUAAAUGCGAAUUUCUGUUCGAUGCCGGUCAGGGCAAAAGGGGCAGAAUUGUGAACGAGCUGUAUAAGUUUCGCGCGCUGAGCCCGGAUGUCGUGGUGCAGAACGCCACGGAGCAAGUGGGGGCGAAAGAGCGAGACGUUUGCUGGAAGAACUCCGAGUGCUUCGCUGCCUGGUGCAGGUUCGGCAAGCGCGAGUUUAAGACGGGAGGCGAGAUACGAAUCGGCAAGCAGCCCUACAAGAUGAAGCUGCAGCUGUCGGAGAAGAAAAGUCACGUUCUGGACUUUCAGAGUUUGGAGGAUCUGAUCAUGGAAAAGAGGAGAAACGAUCAGAUGGGAAGGGAAUCCGUAGUUCAGGAACUGGAGAAUCAUUUGAAUUGCACAGAAGACACUGAGAAUGAUUACAAUUGUAACUGAUGGUGGAUCAAAGAGGGAGGUUCUCCGGUGGCCAGACCGCCUCAUCAUGGUGGAUAUGGGCUUUAUUUGUAAUCACCUCAAGCGCAGCGGCAGUGUUGCAAUUUCAUCAGUUUCUCAAGAGAGUUUUCCGUCAGCAGCGCUUUUAUAAAUUGGACAACUUCAGCUUGUUUGCAUUGAUAAUCCUGGUGUGUGUUUUUUUUUGUAAUGAGGAUUUGAUCAUUCCGUCACUUUGCUGUAUUCAAGGGAAAGCUUUACUAAAGCCUUUCCAUAUCACCUUUUAAUGAUCAUAGCAUUUUAUUUUGAGGACUGGCAAAGUAUGUAUUCCCUUGACACAAAUUUCAAUAAAGUCUCAAUAUUUUCUGAAUACUUAA